GUGGGGACCGCUGUGUCUGUCCGGACCUCAAUGUCGGCCCGGUCUCAUAUUACGCUCACAUAUAGUUAAACAAUCCCGGUGCGACGCUCUGAUUUUAACCGCAAGACAUCAGGAAACGGAGCUGACAACACCAGCUUCCUAAUGCAUCUUUUACGUCAGAGGUGCGUCGAGCAUUUGCGUGAUUUAGUGAAGAAUUGUUUGUUUAAAUUAUUUAAGCUCUAACAGCGAAUUUAAAUCACCUGGAAGGAAAGGAUGGACAUCACCUUUGGCUGACGACUGUUACAAGAUUUCAUUUUAGGAACAUGGAGAGAGUUUCCAUGGUCCAGGCUGAUCCAGAAGUAUGAUAACAGCAUCCAGUCUCUCAGGGGACACCCUGAUAGCAUGCCACUUCCCUGUGGUUCAGCUUCCUACUUGGCAGCUUCCUGUCCAGGCCCUGUGCAGCUCGGCUAAGAGGCCCGGUCGGCUGUGCCCAGUAGGCCUGACCCGAGCCGUGUCUCUGCCGGAGCAAGAGUCUCUGAACCGAGAGCAUGCCUUCACUGGUGGUCGGAGACAUUUCUCCAGCAGCUACGGUAGUCUCAACGAAGAACGGGCAGAGGAGGAGGGGGGCAGUGACAGCAGCGGGAGGUACGACUCCAACUCGUCACCAGAGGAGACGAGUACACAUCUGAAGAAGGAAAGCUCUGGAGCUAAAGACAGUCUGCGGUCACACAACUCAUUCCUUCCCAAUACAGAGCUGGAUGAGGACGAGGAAGAUGAAGAUAGUGAUGGAGAUAAUCUACACAGAUAUCAUGAGGACUCAUCUUUUGUCUUGCAUGGAAAUUCCAACUGGCCUCUUCAUAAUGGUGCCAAAAAUCAUACAAUGUGUCACGGGGACUUGGAACGCGAAUGGGGUAACGAAGGCACCGUGUUGGGUACAGAGAGUGACCAAGAGUGGCUCUCUAACCAGCCUCACCAGCCGGACUCUCUGCAGACUGAAUGCCAGUGCUUUCAUGUGAGCAGAUCUGGCAUCAGCGUGACAGCGUAUGGAGAGCAGGACUGUGACAGACUGAAGGAUAAAAUGUCCUGCUGCACCCAAAGCCAACAUAAAUGUUCCCCAGAGCUGUUCAACAACACUCACACAGAGUAUGUGAGCGACUCUUCCUGCAACAGCUCUGAUGGCGUCUUGGUUAACUUCUGCACCAUCUAUAACAGGAGCAACAACCCCGCCACGCCCCACGACCUCAGCAGUCCCGCACUCCAUCCCUAUCAGUCAUCUGAGGGAUCCGUGUUCCUCAACCUCCAACCGGUUCCUUACACUCCAGCCAAGGACCUCCAACAUGAUGACGUGACGGUUAACUCUCCCCUUAAAGAAGAGGCAGACAUGACGCCCUCUUCCUCCUGCUGGUCUCCUCAGGGUCUUGACUCGAACUGCAAUCUGUACUCCCUGGAGCCGCUACCCCCGGGUCUCUCCUCGUUGGAGGUAUCCGACCUGGCUGCCUGUCUCCAAAGCCAGGCCACACUGGCCAUGGGGACCAACCAGAAGUAUUACAAGCUUGUGACCUGUGACCUUUCCUCCCAGUCACCCAGUCCAGCCUGGUCCAGUCUCACCAGCUGCCCUGGGGGGCAGAGCAGAGGCAGCCCCUCUGAACACCUCUUAAUUGACUACAAGAAAGAAGGACAGCACAAAGAAGUCAAGAAGGAAAAAGAGGAUCAACAAAAUGGAAAGAGGUUCUCCUCUGCACAACGCAGCGCCGGGUUUGACUGCGCUCAGUUUCAGACCUAUGAUUACCAAGUUGCCACCACCUCCACUGAACAAGACCUAUGCAGGAAGAAACAUACAGACAGCAUCCAAAACCUCUCCCACACGUCCUGUUUGCUGUGCCCCAGCCAGUGUAGCCCACAUAGCAGUACAUGCCAAGGAACGAGAGCUGCGUCCACACAGCCAUCUGUGAUUCUGCACCAGGAGCACUGUGAUGCUGAUGCUGCUGAGAAGGGAGCCUGCUCAUAUGAAAAUGCGGUGGUGCGCUACAGUAAGGCCCAGAGACCAACCUCACUGCCCAUCCAGCCCUUUGUUCUGGUCCCUGCAGAAAAGCCCCAGACCCAGCACUUGGGCUGUCUUCUGGAGCAGUACAUCAAUCAGAAGAGCAGCAAGACUGGGAGCUCCCAGCCAGGCCUCAAGUUCAAAGCAAAAAGCAGCCAAUGCUUUUCUAAUCUCCAGCCAUCACCAAUGGGCAACCACUGCCCUAUCUUCCUGGAGGCUCCUUCGAGCUCUGACACCUGUUCCACCUGCACGCCGAGCCCAGAGUGCUUCAGCCGCAGACGUGCAUGGAGCCAGUCCGGCAGAAACCAAGGACGCCCAACUCCAUGCGCAUCAAAAAACCCAACUCAAAGCAGCCCAAAGCCCAGAUUGGUUCAAGAAAAAACAAGCCCAUGCUCAGGCAAAACUCAAACUGACACUUUUUCUAAUCUGUAUUCAGCCCCAAAUCAGUCAAACCUUGUUAAAGUUCCCACCUACCAAGAUCUUAUUAACCUCACCCCUGAGCAGAGCCAUGCCAACACUGAGCCCAAAAACCCCAAUCAGUCCCACACCUCCUACCGUCCAGUAUUCUCUCAUACACCACCCACUUUACUUUUAACCACUGACGCCCAUCACCCAAACCUGCAGGCGUCCCUGUCUCCCCCCGUACAACCAGAGAAGAAGUCCCCUCAGUACCGGGCUGCACCUGCAGCUGACUCUGGCUUUUUUCAUGGCAGUUUAACAGCUGCCCUCUCCUCUGUAGCUCCUCUCUCCUCUUUGAGUUCUCUGCUCUCCUUAGCUGCUUCUGGGCUGCAAAUCCAGGACUCUGCUGGGCUUAGUGGGAAGCAGAGUCACAGUCAACACAGUGAAUCUCUGAUCCUGAGUGACAAGCCGCCUACAGAGUUCUGCCUCUCACCCGAUACAUCUUAUGAAUCCAUGUCUAUCAGCCAUCUUCAGAGGAGAGGUUUGCUGAGAUCUGUGAGCCGGGCGGUGGAUUUGAUCAUGGCUCAUUUUGGCAGCAGCAGAGACCCUGAAGUGAAGAUGUGUCUGGGUAACAGCUCUCGUAGUCCAACAAUAGCUGGUCUGGUCCUGGAACAUUUGUGUCCAGCCAUCCAGAAUAUUUUAGAGGACGGUCUUAGGGAUCACAAGCUGGAUGUCAUCAUUGGGCAGCGCCGCAAUCACUCCUGGAGCGUGGUGGAGGUCUCUACGAGGAUUGGUCCAUCCACCAGGGUUCUUCACAGCCUGGUCUCCAAAAUUAGACAGUGUCUCCAGCUCAGUAGCCACUGUAUGAGACUGAGAGCCUUCAUCAUGGGCCUGCUAAACUUGAGAGCUUUGGAAUUCUGGCUCAGUCACCUUCAGAGUCAGAAAGAUGUGGUGACAACACACUACCAUUCCUGGGGGUUCCUGUCCAUGUCACUGGGUCAGUGCCAACCCUUGUUUCAGGAGCUGCUACUUCUGCUACAGCCGCUCUCUGUGUUGCCCUUUGACCUCAACUUGCUCCUGGAGCCCCGACUGUUAUGUAACCAGCAGCUGUGUUCGGAGGGUGCUGCUCCACCUCCACCGUGCUCAGCCCUCCUAGUGACCAGCUGGCCACUGCUGCAGGCUGACAGAAAGGUAGACAGUAGCCAAAGUCCACGGACUAAGGUUUCUCAUCAGACAGGCUCGCACCACCAAGAGUUUCUUGGUUCUCCAAGUUGCAUUAGGCAGGAUUGCGGAGGGAUGCAGGCUAACAGGAGUCCAGUGUUAGCUCCUAUUCCAGAGUGGUGGCCCAGUGAGCCUGACCGUAUGGAUGGUGUGGAUGAAGGGGAGGACUGCAGCCAGAGAAAUGCAGAUAAUUGGUCUCAAAUAAGUAUGGACAGCAGACAAGAGGACAGGAGGGGGGAGAAAGACAAUGGGACCCCAACUGCGUCCACGUGUGUCCAGGCUGAGAGUCCAUGUCAGAGUGGUCUGCGCUGGGCUAAACUAUUUGGAGCGGCUGAUACGUUCACCGGGACAGAGACAGUUUCUCAGAGUCACAUUGGAGCACAAAACAGAAGGUACAGGCGACCAUCACAGUGGCUGCUUUUUGACAGAUCGCAGCUUGGACUGUUGGCUCAAUCCAUCAGGUCAAUGAAGCUAGGAGGACUUCAGACUAACAAGGACUGCUGAAAACGAAACUCUCUGUGGGUGGAGGACAGAAUUGAGUCUAUUUACUGUAAUAACAAAAAGUCUUAAUUGCAUGAUAAUACAUACACAGUGCUAAACUGAUAAGAAAGCACAUAAAAUACAGGAUUAACAGCUUUGGCGAUGGCCCGUAUUCAUCAAGCUUUGUGUUGCACCAGCUAUUCGUAAAUCAAUUACUAAGUCUGUGUGUCCUUCCUUCAGCUUAUUUCAAAGUAAACCAGAUUGCACCAUUAAAUCUAAAGAAAUGUACUGUACUUUGUAAUACCUUAAACUAUGUGCAAGGAGCCUUGUAUAAUGCUUUCCUAAUCAACUAUAUGAAGAGGAAGUCACUGUAGCACCACAAACUGUAGCACAACUGCCAAAAAUAACAAUUUUAAGACUAUAUAUAUUAAGUCUGAGUGCUUUGUUACUUAUAAUGUAUAUGUGUUUAGAGUUAGUAUUAUUUACAUAGUUUGGAAUAAAUGGAGACGACUCUGAGUAGUUUA